GUAUCUGUUGGCAUAAUCCACGUCAAUCAUUUUCACCACCUUGCUGCAAGCGGUUCUUCUUCUCUCAUGGCCACCACGUACAGUGCGUGGCUCGCAGUCCGGAAAGGCGAACCUGCAGAGGCCGUUCAACUAAAAUCUGACCUUCCUGUGCCGACCACGAUCCCCAAGAAUCAUGUUCUUGUCAAGGUGCUUGCAACGGCUCUGAACCCAGUAGGCUACAAGCUUCUCCGCUCUAUGCCCAAUUUUGUCAUGGGUCGGCCUCAUCCUAUGGAACAAGACUUUGCCGGCGUAGUUGCCGACGCCAACGGAACGGAUUUCAAAGUUGGAGACAGAGUCUUUGGAGCGAGCCCGAGUCCCAAGAAUGGGACCCUUGCGGAGUAUACUAUCAUCCCUGCCGAUGUAUUGGCCACCAUUCCGCCCAACAUCUCGGCUGUUGACGCGUCCGGUCUGGCUACAGUGAUGCUCACAGCUGUCCAAGCACUGAAGGACUUGAAACUCGAGAAGGGGCAGACUGUCUUCAUUAAUGGAGGCAGCUCGGCUGUCGGAUGGAGUGCUAUCCAGCUCGCGAAAGCCAAAGGCUACCGAGUUGUAGCAACUGCGAGUGGGAAGAACAAAGAGUUGCUGCUGGGACUAGGUGUGGACGAAUUCAUCGACUACACAGAGUCGCCUCUUGCUGAGCGACUCAAAUCUACCCCACCUUCGCCUCAGUUUAAUGGGAUCCUUGACGCUGUCGGUCUGACUGAUCCUGCCCUCUACCUCAACUGCGCAAAAUAUCUUGCGCCGGGUGGACGAUAUCUCACAGCCGGCACCCUUCCCCACAGCGGAGCGGAGUGGGCAGGCCUGAUUCGCCAAGUCCUGGAGGGCCUCCUGCGACCGUCCUGGCUGGGCGGUGUUCCCAGGAAGUUUGGGGCUGUUGCGGUCAAGUUUAAGAAGCAGGAUUUAGACGACAUCCGCCAACUUGUCGCUGAUGGGUCCGUCAAACCAAUCGUCGAUUCUGUGUAUACUUUCGACCGCGAUGGUGUGAUGCGUGCGUAUGAGAGGCUGAUGACGAAGCGCGCUGUUGGGAAAGUGGUGGUUAAGGUAGCGGAUGAGCAGUAG